AUGAUGUUGUCCAAUAAUUGCAGAAUUAAUAGCUAUUUAAUAACUUCUCAAAUUGGCGAAGGUGCGUACGGUCUGGUUUACCGUGCAGUAGAUAUUCGUACGGAUAAGGAAUACGCUAUCAAAGCGGUAGUUCAAAAUUGCAGCGUCAGCAAUGAGAUUCUCGUAAAUGAAGGUGAGAUGUACAAGAAUAGCGCCAAAUUACAGAGAAAACUCGCUAAGCUUUUCAAAGAAUCAAAAAAUGUUGUAAGAGUGCCCUCCAUCGAUCUGAAGUCGAUCGAGGAUAUGUCAGAAGAGGAUUUCGAGAAACUGCCUCACUACAAAGAGAUUUCUUUACAUUUGAGGGUUCAUCGUCAUAAAAAUAUUGUCACCAUACAUGAGGUCCUGCAAUCUACAAUCUGUACGUUCAUAGUCAUGGACUAUUACCCAACAGACCUAUUUACAUCUAUUGUAGAAAAUAAACAUUUCGUCACUAAUGGUUUGCUUGUCAAAAAGGUCUUCCUACAAAUAUGUUCAGCCAUUAGUUAUUGCCAUGACCACGGUAUCUAUCAUUGUGAUAUCAAGCCUGAGAACUUGCUACUAGAUACGGAUGAUAAUGUUUUCCUUUGCGAUUUUGGUCUAUCCACCACUUCUACAUACAUCAGGCCAAACGUUUGUAUUGGCAGCUCGUAUUACAUGCCCCCUGAAAGAAUCUCGUUUGAUAAUGGGAAAAUUUCCUUUUCGAAAAGUAAAGGUCAUAAAGUAAAGAAAUUUUGUCCCUCAUGUAACGGUGAUCUAUGGUCAUUAGGUAUCAUCCUUAUCAACUUGACAUGUAUCAGAAACCCUUGGCUAAAAGCCGACAAAAGUGAGGAUAAUACUUACUACUACUUUACCAAAGACCCCAAUAUUUUGAAGCAGAUUCUGCCUCUCUCUGGUGACUUUUAUUCAUUAUUGUCCAAGAUUUUACAAGUGAAUCCAAAAAACAGAAUAGGCUUGCAAGAAGUGAUGAAAGAGGUUAGUUCCAUUACGAGUUUCACGAACAAGGGCCCCUUAUCAAAAGUUCCUCCUCUUCCCAAAUCUGUUUACGAAAGGUUCACUAGCCCUGUCGAUAGCACAAAUAAAAGUUUAUCACCGAAGCAAUACUCGCAUGUACGCAAAAGUAGUAAGGCUCACAAUAAUUUGCCUUAUACGUCUUCAAGUGACGAAGAUGACGACAGUGGCAGUCGCAGUGGCAGUCUCGGGACGCUAGAUACAGACACUGGAUUGCACUCUUCAUUUACAAGCACUUCCUGUGAGUCCGAUAAUGAAUGUUCUAAGAUUUCUAGUAAGUUUUCCUUGUUCGAAAAAAAAUUCAAUGAACUUCAUAUGAGUUCCUCUUCUUUAACAGACUAG